ACACUUGAGUAAACCUUAAAGUCGGUUAAGGGCUUGAUAAAAACGUUUACCAGCUGUUAGUAGUUUAGCUAGUUAUAAGAGGAUGCUCAUGGGACUAUGCCGGGCUAUGCUAACCGAGCUAAUUUACCAGCAGGCGUGUUGGGAGGAAACGGUUGGUCAAGAUUUCAUCCUAAAAAUACACAGAAGAAGAAGAAGGACUUAAUACCGUUAGCUUAACACACUUACCAAAGUCUCUGAACUUGGACGAUAGCUGGCUCCUCUUCCACCUGAAAUUUGGUGUUUAAGUUAACUAAACGUGGGUAUAAAUCAACUUUUACAACAUUCCUCCCGUAGUCGUUGUCGCGGUUCCCUUUGCAGGUAAUGUUAUCCUUUCCAAAAAGAUAGAGAAGCUGUUAGCUAACUGUUAGCUUGACGAUGCAUUCGGUUUGCUGGGGGCUUAUUGUACUUGCAAGCAGCAUCGGAGAGUUUGUUGCUUAGUCUGGCGGCUGCUUUGUGUCCUCGGCUGUGUAUCAUCCUCCUCUGGGCUGUAGCGGAUUUUGAAAAGCGCCCGAUAGAGGAAGGGGCGGUGACCGAGAGCCUGCGAGGGCCUGACUGGCCACAGUUCAUUCUCGUCAGGAGGAGAGCUCAGCCGGAUUGCUUCACAGUUUCAAGAUUGAAACAAGGAAAAGGAAACUCACUGUUUGGACAGCGGGGCAGAUUUUGCAGAAGAGAAAUAAUUACACCUGAGGCAGCAAUGAAGAGAGCUGUGUUAUUUCUGAUCACUGUGUAUGUCUCAGUCCCUCUCGUUCUCUACCUCUUUCCCUGGACACUGGGCCAUGCCAUAUUUUCUCACUUGUUGAGGUUUCCACUCUUUGUGGAUCUUGGCCGACCUGAAGAUGUGCUGAACCACACAUGCAACUUCUACCUCGACAUAGAGGAGGGUGUCUCAGUGGGUGUCUGGCAUACACUCCCUGCCAGCCAAUGGGAGGAGGCUGUGGGGAGAAGCCCUAAGUGGUACCGGGAGACUCUGGGAGACGGCCGUCCUGUUAUUAUCUAUCUUCAUGGCAACGUAGGGACCAGGGCCUUGAAUCACAGAGUUGAACUGAUGAAGAUUUUAAGUGCUGCAGGGUAUCAUGUCUUAUCUCUAGACUACAGAGGUUUUGGAGACUCCACUGGGGAGCCAAGUGAAGCUGGAUUGACCAGUGAUGCCCUCUACCUGUACAACUGGGUAAAGAAACAAAGCAGAGGGGGUGUUGUCUGUCUGUGGGGACACUCGCUUGGCUCUGGGGUUGCGACCAAUACUGCAGUGAAAGUACAAGAGCAAGGGUCUGUUGUUGAUGCUCUAAUCCUUGAAGCUCCAUACACAAGGAUUGGAGAAGUUGUAGCCAUCCACCCGCUCACUAAGAUGUACAUGUUCCUUCCAGGAUUUGAGAGCUUGCUUUGGAACAUAUUGGAGAUGAACAACAUUGUAUUUGCUAACGAUAAAAAUUUACAGGCCUUGACCAGUCCACUUCUUAUUCUGCAUGCAGAGGAUGACAAUAUAAUACCUUAUCACAUGGGUCUAAAGCUGUACCAGAUAUCACUGCAGGCUAAGAAGAAAUAUAACACAAAUGUUCGGGUUGAAAUGAUCUCCUACAGUGCAAAUCUUGCAUUCUCCCACCGCAACAUCUACUUAGAUCCCAAUCUGUCAAAUGUUGUUGGGAAAUUUCUUCAAAACCUGAGACAGUAGAUUGGCUCUCCCUCCUGCAGUCUUCAUUUUGCUGUGUGUGUGUGUGAAUAAAAAUGGAAACACAAGCAUUUUCA